AUGGAGAAUACGCUGCUAAGCACUCGCGACUUGGGACACUCCGAGUUCACGACGACGUGGCGAACGCUGUCGGAGGAACCCACCACCCAACGACCGCUUGUAGGGCCAGAGCAGAAGCUCAUGAUCCAGGCUUUGACAGGAGCAUACAGCUCCAACUUUAGCCUUUGCAUAUGUCUGCCUGAUGUCAUGAAAAUCAGCAUCAAAAACCCGGCAGUGGUAUUGCACAGUACAGCAAACUCAUUGGCUGAUGAUAUCAAAGAGGGCAGAGAAGAAUACGCCGUCUUGCUCCACGCCAUCCCAACUGGCCUGCGCAACUCUUUGAUUCAAGGGACACUGGUACAUGACUAUGUCACAGAUUCAGUCAAGUAUAUCGAAGAGCUAGGCGACCGUGGCACUUUUCCAGGCGUGUAUGCUGUUGGCAUUGCCUUCCGCCACCGUUAUACAGCUGAACGAGGCGCUUUCCUGAACUAUCGGGAGUGCACCCAAGUCAUCAGCAUCCUUGAAAACUACGCGGCUGCCUACCGCCUGUUGGCCACCAGUCACGAAGGCUCCCAGUUGCCACCCGAAGCCGAGCAAGUCAUCAAAGACGCUCGCGAGCUUGACAAAACCUGUGGAUAUCCACAUGAGGCCGUUGAAGAUGCAUCAGCUGGCACUACACUCCACUAUCUCCCAACGUACGGUAGUGCAAACAUACACAAGCUGGAGGUAUUCAUCGAAUCCUUCAAGAGACGAGCCAAGGCUCUCCAAAAGCUUGACAACACAGGCAGCGCGUACAUGCACCAAGGGCCUCUGUACGUAGGGUGCACUGCAGGUCAAAUGUCUGAACGCAUGAAGCAGCACCAUUACGAGCCCUCCAUGUCCGCCUUGCCAAUGAAGAAUAUGUUCUUGGCCCUGACUAUGGGCGCCCUGCUGCAGAUUGGGCUCAAGCCCUACACUGUUGGAGUGCCCAUCCUACCCGUUUGGGUGGGAGAACAUCUUCCCUUGGCUGAAAGACUGGUCACCAUGCUUGCAAGUUCGCUGAUAUCCCAAGACGGAUUCAAUGGCAUUCAGGCUGGCUCGAAAGCGGGCCAAGACUGCGACGAGGCAGGUCUGUAUGUUGCGGAAGAGACAACAUACUUUAAAAAUAACCUGGAUCGCACAUUGGCUGAUGCCGAUCAAUUCUUCACGGAUACCGAGGGCGUUGAUCACUUGAGGCAGUCUUUGCAGUUUGUCAAGACAGGCGAGCUUGAACGCAAGCUCAGUACCAUUGAGCUGCUGCUCGGCGAGAUGGAGACUAGCACAGCUAUGCUCAAGCAGCUGGGGGCGCGAUUCCAAAUUGGUGCAGAGCUGCGCCAAGCACAGGAGCGUCAUCGGGCCAUCAUCAAGCAAUACAGGUUCAAGCGCACCUUUGUCAAGCUGUUGCGAAGCAUGACACGUCGGUUGAACCUUGAUGACGAUACGAUCUUUGUGGAGGCUAGCAACCCUUGGCAGACAGAAGAUUAG